GCCCUGUGUGUCUUACAUCGAAAUGCCGAGGAGAAAUUGAAGAUGGCUGAAGCUGUAAGACCUCGCAAAAAACACCGAAAAAAGAAGGAAGUAACGUCAUCUAAAAAGCAAGCUGAAGAUAGAACAGAUGAGCUACUCCAAGAUGAGGAUCAAGACAAUCUGAAGAAUAAGGAGAUACCUCGUUCCAUCCAAGAAGUUGCAACAUUCCAAGAUGGAGAGACUUUGAGAACCAGUGAAACUGAUGUGGUUCAAGACAGAGAUACUGGUCAAGGGGAAACCAGUAUCUCAAUGUCACAAGGUGUGAAGGAGGAGGCAGUUGAUGUAGAGAAGGAAUGCAGGAGCCAAGAUGUAGAGAGCGAGGAAGGAAGGAUAGAUCCAAGUCUGAAAAAGGUGAAUCCACCGGAAUCAGAAGAUGCAGCUUCGGUUGACAUUGCUUCAGAUGAUACUGCCAUCAGUAAAGCCUCUGUGGGAGAAAAAUAUCUUGAUGUUGCAACUAAUGGCCCAGAAACUCUCAGCACUGUUCCUGAGAGAGUACAUUCCAAGGGCAGAACUGCCAGUAACGAAAUGCCUGCGGGCCUUGAGGGAAAGCUGCAGGAUGACAUUAAGCCAGUGGAAUUUGUGAAGCCAGAAAUUCAAGAAACGGAAGUUGUAGAUUCUGAGGUGGAGGCUGCCACUGGCAGCCAGGAAAUUUGUGACAAGACAGGGGUAAAUGUAUUAAGUCAGGAGAAAGAGAAUAUGUCAGCUAUCUCAGAGGAGGCAAAGGAUGCAGAACAAGUUGUCAUGUCUUCUGGGAAUUCGGUUAGCAAGGACACUGAAGAGAAAGGAAAAGCAACUGAAGAAAUUGAAGAUUCAGUGGGCAAUCAGACUCUCUCUGAGACCAGAGACGAUGCCUUUGAAAUUCUUGAGGAUGAGAAGGUUGCUACCGUGCCAAGUGAAGCUGUUAUUGAAGAUGGAGCAGAAAAAGAAGCCUUGGCCAAAGGUCUGCAGGAGGAAGGUGUUGAAGCCACAGCUCCUCCUGAGCAAGAGGUACAGUCUGGGGUCCUGACACUCAGGGCUAUUGAAGUUGGAGUACAUAACCCAUUACAGGAUGCUGCCUCAGUUCAAGUACAGCCGGAGAGUCUGGAAUCUGAGACUUCGGCUCCAUCAGGUGCACAAACAAUUGUCAAAACAGAGGCAAGUCACAGACCUGCUGAACGAAUAGCCUCAUCUGAGACUGAAGAGGACAGUCAGAGCUCUCUGUUAAUGAGACAGGAAAGCAUCAAGACGACCAAAGUAAUUGCCAUGAAGGAAGACCAACUGGAGAUGUACUAUCACAAUUCCAACCUAAAACAACAAGAACAGUUUGUUGAACUUUUCAUUCAGAUGUGCUGCAUUGAGAAACAUGAAUUCUACGAAUUGGUCACAAAUUACUUCAAGGCACGGAACAACAUGCUGGCCAUUCGAGAUGAUAUUGAAAACAUGCAGAAGGAGUAUACCUCCCUCAAGGAAAAGCUUUGGACUACAUCCAACAACUUCAUUCUUGCCAAGGGGAUUUGUGCCGACAAUCAAAUGGUUAAAGAGAAUCAUGCUUACCAGCUAGCACAGUUCAAUCCCGAUGUCCACUGUGACUUGGAACGACUGAUGAAAUACACCAGGUCCAACUUCCACGACACGUUUGCUCUGUGCUCGUACACAGCUCAGCUUUCCAAGCUGCAGAUUGAAUCCUACAUCCAUCAGUUAUUUCUGCGGAAUUCGUGGCUGUUGGGAGUAAAGGAAGAUGCCCCAGUAGCAGCGGAUUUAUGUUGUGAUAAUCCAGCAAGACAUGAUCAGAUAAAACUGCUCAAGCAGUGUAUCUCAGUGUUGUUUGCCUUCCAGCGUCGCCCAGUUAAUGACGAGGAGUUCCUCCAAACAUCCCGAGGUUGGCUGAGUAGGAUGAUUGCCACAUUACUCCGUCUAGCCACUCGUGAUGAUCACCUGUUUGUGCUGGGCCACAUCCUUCGCUGCCCAGCUGGUGUUGACCAAUGGGCAGCGUGCUAUCUCCAGAUUGUCAUGCCUACUCAUUCUUCACAAGAGGGCGCUGUUGAUGGGAGGUGGCCCUAUUCGUUAGGCAACCCACUCUUGGACCACUUCCUGAAUAUGCUUGCAUUCUUCAUGAGACCGGUCAAGUACAGACAGGAAUAUUUGACUAAGAUGAAGAAAUCCUUGACCCCUACUCCAUCAGAGAAGCCAGGACCAUUCAACUGGACAUUACUGGAUGAAGACGGGGAAGAGGAUGAAGACACAGACAACACCCUCUUUAAUGAGAAUGACUUGGUGGCCAUUUGGGCUCAAUAUCCCUUUGACAAGAUGUUUAAACAUGUCCUACAGAUUACAGAUGACGCAGAUGGGAAAGCUUCAUACAGUGUAGAUCGUGUCGGUAGCCAUCACAUGAUGCAGCUCAUAGCCUUUGCUUCCAGCCUGAUCAGGAUCCUUCAUCAAGGAGUGCAGACAUAUAAUCGGUCUCGUUAUCGGCAGUUUGUCAAACGAAUUGGAAGAUUAAUCAGACACACUGUCCAGCAGGUGUCUGAUCACUGGCUAAACUAUCGAAGCUGGCGGCGUGAAGUUUGUCAUGAUUCAGAUGAUACCAGACCAUCCAUCCAACCACAUGACCUGCAACAUACUGUCCACAACCUGCAAGUUGAAUUUGAUGAGUUCUUCUUCAGGGCUACAAAAUGCAUCAUGUCUGCUCCAAGGCUAGGCACUUGGCAGUUUAUGACAGAUAUGCCAUACACCAGCCUCUCAUCCACCAUGAUGUGGCGUCUUCUCUGGUCUCUACAUCAGGAUGACAUCAACCAGUUGAUAAUAGAACCUGGCCAAGUAAACAAGAAAGACAACUAUAGAUGGCAACUCUCAGAUCCAGUCAAGAGGGACAGCUUUGUCCAUAAGCUGAUGGAUAUGCCCAUGUCAGAGGUCAUCUACCUGCUGACCACAUUUGCCAAUAUGACCAGUGCUCGGCCCGCUGCCGAGAAGAUGUUCAUCAACUUUGUUGUGGAUGAAAUUUACGAGUUGUCCUACCUACGAACCCAUACCAGGGAGUUCUGCUCCAAGAUUGGUCGAGAGUUGCUGUCGGCCAUAGCAACCACACAUCCCUUUGUCAUCUCAACGUUACUCCGUCAGGUCCAAGGAAGCGCGAAGGAAGUUGGCAUGAUGGCUCUGUACUUAUUCCGAGGCCUGCCCUUUUACCUCUGGCAUCCAAGUAAUGAUGACAUCACCAUAAUGAAGGAGUGGUUGCUAGGAUACGAGGCAAGCAAGACAGAGAAUCAGCUGGCUAGACUGGUGCUUUCCAAGAUGAACUGGGGAUAUAAUGAACAGGAGGAUGCUUUGUUUCUCAAUCUCAGUCUUCAUCGCAACACCGCCGUUUUGGUUGUUGAGGCAUACCUCCAAGUAUUAACUGCCAAAUCUCCAGGAGCAUCAAGGCUUGGUACAGGGCCGUUUUCCUCCCAAGAGCAAGCCUUUGAUGUUUGGGCAUGGGACCUUGUCCCCAAGCUCCGCCUACACAAGCACCAUCAGCCCCGCCCAGUCCUUCUGGCCCCCAGUGAUGGUGCUAUGGAUGAUGGUUUUGGCGUCCUGCCAAAUCCAAGUACCAACACCAAGCUGUAUCCAUUACAGAAAGCGCUGCAGACCAACGUUGCUGUUGGAUGCUUUGUCAAUGUUGCUAUGACCAAAACUGGGCACAGCAUUGACAGCUUCAUCACCAUCGGUAUUCCCAACAUGCACACCCUGAUCCAAGCAGGUUGCCAACAGUUUUGCCUGCCCCUUCUCGCAAUGGUUGUGCCCAUGUUCCUGGAUGAGGAGCACCCAGACUACCUGCUGACCAAUGAGAAGUUUUUGACCAUUGUCCACCGUAUCUUACAAGCUGAUCACCAGAAUCCACGGUCAUCUUCAACAGGAAGUAACACCUUCCCAGGAGACACCACUAAACUCUUUGCUGGUAUGGUCCUGACCCAGAUCCAACGAUCCUUGGCUCCGUGUACCAGCGCCCUCGUGGCCGAGGCAGUCUUAGAAUUCUGGUUGAAGCUGCUGACAAUGCGGAGUGGCUGGCAUUUUGAUCCAGAUAUCUGCUAUAUUCUAGACGUGGUGUUGUCAGCAGCCAUCUGCAACAAGGGCGGUUGCUCAAUAGCGGAAGAGGUCCUCCUCAAACUGUACAAGUUUGCGUUAAGAUCUACCUCUGGUCAGGAUAUGAAGGCUGAGGCUAAGCCCCAGGGCUUCAUCUCCUCUGUCCUGUCUUUCGUCACCUCUGGCAACCCCUUGCCAAGCCUCCUUGAGAAGCAGAGCUUGGAGAGACCUUGGCUGGCUUACUGCAUCCUGUCGGCAGAGACCAGGAACCUUGAACAGAUGGGUCUGCUUCGAGAGGUCACCAUGGAGCUGUGUCAAGAUGCGGACAUGACCCCAGACAUGGGACUCAAGCGAGCCUGUCAGAAGCUCAAGCUGGAAUACUCCAUGACACUAGCCCGUCUGCCGAUCUAUCGUUGGGCCCAGCUAGCUCUAGAAACAGACAUUGAGCAUCCAUUGUUACCCAUUAUAUGGCAACGGUUCUUCAUGAUUUACCUGCAGAGAGUCACAGCAGAAACUGGCAUUUCUCAGCGAGCCAGUAUUGGCCAGCGUUACUUCCAGAGCAUUGCCAACCUAACCUAUCUCAAGAGGAUGAAAAAAAGGCUGCGCCAGACAGCCGACUUCCACUACGAGGCCAGCCGCAAGAAGCCCGCCCCCAGGCCCUCCCCCUCUUCUUCCUCCAUGGGUUCUACUGACCAGGCAGAAGGUGGGGAAGAAGGGGCUAGAGUGGAUGCAAUAGAAGAAGUAGAGUUUGAAGCAGGAGCGGAACAUCACCGCCAUCUUGUUCAAUUGUACCAGACAUUCCUUCUGUGGCUUGAGGAGCCUUUACUCCAUGAUGCUAGUCUCUAUCUACCUUCCUUGCCAUCGCAAUACGAGGCUGAGAAACUUUCCAGAAUCUUCAACGGUGAUCAGGACCUGUGGAUGGAAUAUGCCAAUGUGGACAUGGCCAACUAUCACACAACUCAAUUAGUCAACUCUUGGGUCAAGAUGAGUCAACCAGAUUCCAACACUUCCGGAUUCAGUAAGAGUCUGACUUCAGAACAACAAGAAAAAGACAGUGCAACAAGCCGUAUCUUGAAUCGUUUGACUCACUACGAGGAUCAGCAAAAGCCUCCAUCAGUGGUACCCAUCUUUGCCCCGGUGCCCGAUGUACCUAGGGAACUACUCGUCAAUAACCAUGCCAUGCUAGUCUUCCUUCAAGAUGACAUUAAACAACUCCUGUACUAUUCAGACACAUUUUCAGACAGGGAGAAUCGCAAUGUAGUCCUUGAUUGUGAGUUUCUGGAGCUGGUACCUGACCUUUUUACAAACAAAGAUGUACGGUACCAGAUCCAGAUACCUUGUAAAAGUAUGUUCAACCCUAUGCACAAGUGUAAAGGACCAGCAGUCGUCACUGUCACUCAUAAGUCCAAGAAGACAAAUGAGAUCAUCUCUCGUCGUCUUGAUGAAAACCGAGCUGAGUUUAAGCAGCUGUCAAUCGAGUCACUGGCCCCGCCUCCUUCCAAUGUCGUUGUGUCUGCCGUGCACAUAGAAAAUGCAAUCACAGAUCUAAUCCACUUCAGUCGAGCACGAGCAGACAGCCCCGCCGAGUUUGAAGCUGCCAAACAGACUGGUGUAAGUCUACUCUAUCACCUAGGCAAUCAGAUGAGCGAGAGUGCCAGGCAUUAUCCACCCACCCGCCAGUUCUUCUCAUCUUGUAUUGAGAUACUAGGCCAGGAGUACAUUCGCCCUUAUCCUGAGCAAGCUCAGCCAUUAAUGUCGGCCAUCUUGGCCAACUGUAACUUAGCUGGCCUGCUGGCUCCUAACCUGGCUCCUAACCAUUGUGGGGAUACCUUUGUUCAGAUGUACAGCGAUGUUGUCAGAAUAGGCAUCAGCGAUAAGCAAGACACAGCAUUCAUGCUUCUGACAAAGUUUGAUCCGGUCCAGUGGCUGAACAAUUGCCAGCCGGUCAUAGGGGUCCGUUCCCAGUUCAUUGAGGUAGUCAGCGAGGCUCUGACCAGCUGUAGUCUAGAUAUGGACAACCGAAGCAUGAUGAUGUUUGAGAUCUACCGCAGUCACCUGAGGGCCAUUCUCAUGUAUCAAUUCCCAGAACAUUAUGGAGAUGUGCUCAGACUUAUCCUAAAAGGUUCGGAGGAGCAUUGUCUUCAUGAAGACAUCUGGAGGGACACUUUGAAGUCUAUCAGCUGUCCUGUCCUGUCUAUCACCUCAGAUACAAUCAGUACUGAGCAGGUGAAGGAGCUGAUCCAGACACGCCCCCUCCUCUCCCUCCAACAGCUACAAGAGACAGUGGAAUGGUUGACGACGUAUUUCAGUCGUCAACGGAAUAACAAUCCACAGAGUGGACAGUUCGGUCUCCAUAGCAACUGGAAGCAGUACCACCAACCAUUGGUCAGUUUCCUUGGUUACAUCAUCCUCAAUACCAUCAUCCUUGAAGCCCACCGUGUUAUCGAGGCCAACGUAGACGUGGAGCAAGCUGUGAGGCGUCUGUGGACUCUUCUAUCAGGUCUCUUCUAUCCUUGGAUAGUUGCCCUUGAAGUUCCCUCCCCUACCAACCCCAACGCCAAGCAGUUACUACCACCUUGGGUUGAAGGAGACCGAGUACCAGCCAGCUGCAUGGUGUCUAUGUUCUCUUAUGCCAUUGGAUGCAUUCAGGCACAGUUCCAAGGUUACUUGGACCCCCCAAUGGUCAAUGCACUGUCCCUCCUCUGGCCAUUCUACCAUGACACCCUGGCCAAGAAAGGUCUCCGAGAAGAUGUUUUGAUGACCUACCACCAACAUCUUGUCCAGUUGCCGUGGAACCAGUUCUAUCCAGGCCUAGCCUCCAUGGAACUCAUGGUUCGGGUGUUUGAGGACAGGGGGCCUGUCUGCCUGGCAUUUUUAGGCAACAUUUUCCCCCGUAUCCCAUGGCGACAGAUCUCAGACAGUUAUUGCCAAGGAACGGACGCCAACACCUCAAAUUGCUUCCUGUCCAAUCUACUCAGUCUUCUGGUAAUCUUCCUGAAUGAAGACAACAUCAUGAAGGCUCAGGGAGCCUCCAUGCAGCAUCUAAUCGCCCAAGUCAAGGAGUUUCCAUGGCAACUGCUGGACGUGAGUUCCUACAACUGUGCAGCCACGUGGCAAAUUGACCGCUGUGACCCCAAGCUAGUACUGGAUCAGACAAAGAAACAAGGAGACACGUCCGUCAGGUAUGCUUCAUCUUCUGACGGCAAUACUCCUAUUUCUAUGAGUUUGAUGCGUGGAGUUGCUAGGUUCAACACACCGUCAUCGUUAGAUUCCUCAGCAGAUGCUUCUAAACGUGCUGCUUACGUCAACUUGGUCAUACGUAUGUUGUGUAAAUGUUCCAGCCUGGAUGACUGCAGCAAGGAUUGGUUCCCUGCCCCUGUACAACGGUUACUCAAUGACAUCGAGUUGUUAGCUACAGCAGGUGGUUCAACUGCAGACAGACAACAGGAGUUAAUAUCCCUUCUUUCAACCCUCCUUUCUCUUCUUAACAACUGCUCUCCGACUCGUGGUGCACCUGACGCCAUCUUGGGUGCCUUACUUGUCUGGUUUGAAGCAUCAACAAGCACUGCUCUAGCGUUACCAUGCAUAACAGCAGCAUGUCGUACUCUAGCGUCCAUCAAGCACUCAGCGCUAGUUGUGGAGGCUUGCAUAGAGGCACACUUCAAUACGGACAUGGACUUGUCCCCGGACCCCUCCCGUGGCUGGACCAAUAUCCUGCAGGUUCUCCAGGUUCCAGAGCUUACCCAUGACGAGUUCCUCGAGGAGUGUUCCAAGCAGGGUGCCAUACUGACACUUUUUGCCUACAUAGGUCAAAGGUCACCUCAGUGCCAGACUUUAGAGGAGGAGUAUACUUUGUACACAGAGUUGAUCAACUGGUGCGUUAAAUGCAAACUCAGGCCUGCCAACGAAGCCAAAGUCUUCUUGUGGUGGCACAAGGCCUUACAGAUGACCUUUCACCAGAUUGAAUUUGGCUCACCUCAUUAUACGAUGUCUCGCUCCUUAAACAACCUCAUUCCCACCAUGAUGACGUUGGGUGAAGAUCGUAGUUCGGCAGGGCUUCUAGGGGCCAUUGGGUUUGGAAGACAGUCAGAACUGUCUUACAGAUUCCGCGUCGUCGCCAGAUGCAUGGCUGCCUUCGUCUCAGCUCAGGUGCUGCAAAACGGAAUGCUUCGACUGGCACCCAAUGAUCCCGGUGCCCUGACCAGACGUAGAGAUACACAGCCACAGUCACCCACUUCCCCAGAUGCCCCCAAGCCCUCAAGCAUAGCUUACUCUGCCCUCAAACACCUUGAUGCUGCCAUUGACAAUAAGAACUAUGUAGGGCUGAGUGAGCACGCUCAAUAUGCAAGGGACGUAGUGCUCAACCCAGUCAAGUGUUUGAAGGAUGCGACCCAUCUUUUGAGUCAGCUGACCACAGUAAUGUUUCCAGAGAAGCAUUACCUGUCCGUCAUCCAAACAGUAUAAAGUCACAUUCAUUAUCUAAAAUCCAGAGAGAUUGUAAAUAAUUCCACAAUUUGCAAUGUAGGAUAUUCUGACAUGUAAUGGCUCAGUACGUGAGUAAACGAGGGCAGUCUUUGGACAACUCCUGAAAGUGUGGUGAGGGCACUAGAGUAAGACAGAGCAUGCAAACGAUGUUCAGUGUUAAAAAAAAGCAAUGGUGAAUGGAAUGUUAGUCUGCAACAAUUUGCACUGUCUUCAAAAUGAUUUGCUUUUUUUCCUGAGUUCCUUCCUGGAUGUAUUUAUUCUUGUAUGUGCUUGACAGACAACUCGUAAUGUUUGAAAUAAAAUAUUCUGGACUUUUCAUGUACAUUUUGAAAAGGCCUUUCUAGUUGGAUGUAGGCCAAGCCUAAGUGAAACUUUUCCCGGCACAUAUGUAAACCUCUCUUGAUCCUAACAAAAUAGGAUAAAAAGAACAGAAAAUGGCAUAAGUUACUUUCGGCAAAGGAGCAUGAGAUAGUAAUGUGCAGCUUGCAAUUUGAAAGAUAAAGCUGUCAGAUCUUACCAAUGCAGUACAUGUACCAGCAGUUACCUCAAAUCAUACGCUGCCAUGCACCUACAAUGUGUAUGUGCAUUUAUUGUACCCCAGGGACAUGAAAUUUGACACUCAUUUCAAGUCGGUGGGUAGAUCAAGAAAAAGGUCUGACAAAAUCAUGCGAUUUUAGAUAAUAAUAAAAUUUACCUUUUUUGAUGCAAUUUCACCCUUUCUUUGCUGCUGUGUAAAUAGUGUUUCAGUCCUGGCUUAGGUUUUGGUCAGAAUAUGCCGCAUAUCAAAUACCACAAAAUACAAAGGUCUUUAUCUGUAUUCAACAGUUUCAUAAAAAACACAAGAACCGUGUCUGAAAGGGGAGACUUACAUGUAUCUAUAAGCUUUGAAGAAUGUAAAAAUGACAAGGUCAUACACUUUGUGUGAUGACCCGAAAACUCUAAAACUUACAGCAAAGGUGUCAUUUCUAUUCUCUAUCAAGUCUAAUCAUUUUUUUAAAUUUUCCCUGCAAGAUUGCUUCAUAUUAAUUUGAAUUCUUUUUCUGUAACAGUAAAAAUUUAUUCUUUUAAAGUGAGGUUAAUGCUUUAUCUGUUUUGUUGAAAAAUUCAUGAUAGAAAGAAAAAUACGUAACUGUCUUUGGAUGAUAUUGGUUUUGUAUACGUAGUCCAUCCUUAAAAAUAUGUUGACUAUACAAGCUGACAAUGUAUGCAUAAAUUGUCUUUGCAGGUAAUUGCGUCCAAAGAGUAGGAGCAUUGGCCAAUAUUGCCAAGUUAAUUAAGUCACUAAGCUGACUUGACAGUGAACCGGUCACAAGCAAUGUUUAUCAAUGUCGUGGUUGGUAACCUGCCUUAUUAUUAUGUACAAUGUAAAUGCUGCUAGGCUCAUUUGUGUACCUGUCUAUGGCUUUCAACAUUUUCCCUCUUGGUUCAACCUUUCCAGUCUCUGAAGUAUUAAGUGUUGAUUGUAAACAAUAGUGAUAAGUUAGGCAAUAUGCCAGUAAUCGUUUACAAAAUCUACUAAUCAACAAGUGCCACUUUGUAUGACUUUCUGACCUGCAGUAAAAAAAAUUAAAUUUGUUUUUGUUGUUGUUGUUGUUUUGGCUUUUUUUGUGAGCCACUUUGCUCAAAAAGGGGGUAAAAACAAACCAAGCAAACAUUGGAGCUGGUAUUAACUAUGCCCUAUUUAUCACAUCCUAAAUCUCAAAAUAAACAGGAAAAAAAUUGACGUGUACCAAGUGAGGCCAAAUGUACUCGUUGCAUACUGAAUCCCAGUACAUACAUUUGUAACAUAUGUUAUAUUAAUAAGAAGAAAUAACUGCUAAGCAAUAAACCUUUUGUGAGUUAAAUUUGAUUACAAUGUCGUACACCGAAUUAUCUGAUUGCACAGAAACAUGAUAGUUUUAAUUCCAGAGAAAAAGGCACUGUUGCUAUACCUCAUGAUUCUGGGAAAGCUUUGCGUAGCAAUCCCCAUACAUAUAUCUGGGAUGGACUGGUUCCUUUCUGCCCUUCUUAUCCAUUGAAAACACUGUGUGUAAGGGAGCAAGGCUUGCCCCAAAUC